AUGGCGUCCGCUACUUCAGACCUGCCCUACAAGAUGCAUGUCACCCCGGACAACACCGGGCUCUGGCGCAUCAAGCAGACUGAGGAGGCGGCUCGGAAGGUGUCUGAGUUGUUGCAGGUUGAUAUGGAGAAACACCAUGUAUUCUUCAACGAUGACGGGUUCCACAACCAUAUCCCCCACCACAUCCUCGCCCUCUACGGCACCGGCGCGUCCCCUUCCGCCCUACAGGCCGCCUACGACGACAACACCAGUUACCAACGGCCUGUCCUACCCCCUCACACCUCAUCCACCACCACUACGGCUACUCCCACCGCACCCCCCACCUUCCACCCCUGGCCCUCCGCCGCAGCCCCCUACCUCAGCAACGGCACCUACUACCCCGACUUCCUGCGCUUCUUCCAGUCCGAGAUCCGGUCCCACAACAACAGCUGGCAAGCGGUAGUAUCCAAGUAUCUCUUCUCCCCGGACAAAACCGGCGACGAGUUGUACACCCGGCUGUUUGCUGGGCUCCUGCACCCACUCAUCCAGCUGAUGUAUGGCGUGGAAUGGUCCCAGGAGGCGGUUGUUGCUGAGGGGCUGGCGCAGGCGGCUGUGCAUGAGGGGAAGGUUAUUGGGGAGGGGUAUUUGCUGCCUGCUGAGAGGUUGGCUGCUGCUUUUGUUGCUGCUUCUGCUUCGUCUUCGACGUCUACUACUCCAUCUUCCAAGGAUAAGGGGGAGAGCAUCGUGGAUCUGCUGGAGGCGGUACGCGCAGACAAGGAGUUGGUCGGGUCGGUCCGGAACGAGGACGGGAAUAAGAUACGCGACGGGGUGCUGGCGCGGGCGCGGGAGAGGAUGCUGGCUAUUGCGGCGCGCGUGAGGGUUGUGCCGGAGGAAGGGGAGGUUCGAAAGAGGACGGCGGAGAUGUUUGAUGCGGCCGUGUUGGUCGCGGGUGCGGCUGCGUUGGUUAAGGAGGGGGAGAAACAGCCCAAGUUUGACUUUUUCUUGAUGCACCACGUCAACGCGAGCCCCUUCUUUGUCACGCUCGUCCAGCAAGACUGGAUCCCCGUCGAGGCCAAGGCGCGACUGCUGGAGUGGAAGAUCCGCAUGGAUCUGCUGCAGUAUGUAGCCCGGGGAUCUCCUGAGCUGUCACUUGAGAAACUAGUCAACUAUACGCCGCGGAAGCCUGAUGUGGGGGGUUCACUGGAGGAAAUCGUUCGCCGCUUACAUACCGUCCACGACGACGGACACGCCAUCAAGCUCGGCCGGGCGGCUGUCAUCUGCCGCGAGCUUUGUAAGCCAUACGAGACAGAGGCUGACUGGCUCAAGGUCAAGGGGGACGACGUCUGGGAAAAGGUGUGCCAUUUGAUUGUCGACUCUGUUGAGGCGCCGGGCCCGCGCUGGGUGCGUAGUUGCGGGUUCGACGAGGCGUGGAAGGAGGUUCCGAAUUUGUGA